CCGACUGCUCAGCCCCCACACCGCACCUCCCCGCUCCCACAUCCCGCUGCCCCUCUCCCGAGCCGGUCGCCGCCCCUCUCCAGAUCCCGGCCGCCGCCCCUCUCCACAGGCGUCCGCCGCCCCUCUCCAGAUCCGGCCGCCGCCCCUCUCCACCGCCGGCCGCCGCCCCUCUCCAAGCCGGGCCACGGCCCCUCUCACAGCCGGCCGCUGCCCCUCUCCCGAGCCGAGCACCGCUCCUACGAUCUUCGCCAGGAACCGCCGCCGCCGCACUCGAACUCCAGUGUUACUGUCUCUGGUGAUCCCACGAGUAGAGCUCUUAAUUUUUUAUUGAACUGAGGACAUUGUAUGCAUUGCCUCAUGCAUGCACUUACUUCUUCGGGCUAAAAGAAAUGGAGAGUUCAAGCUCUGGUUCUUUUGCUCAAGGUACAGUGUAUCAUUGGCUUGUAUUAUUCGCGGUUUGGCUUUGUGGCAGCCAGCAUGUUCUGUCUCAGAAAACAACACUUGAACCAAAAGACAAGUUCCUUCUGUCUGACCCACCUAUCGGUCUCUUUGAUCCAAUAGAGAUUUCACCAUCUGUUCUUCCACACAACCCUAACCCAGUUGAGCCACUGGCACCUAUGUAUCCAAACUACACAUCCUAUGAUCCAGUCUUGACUGGAAAAUGCCAUGUAAAUUUUUCAGCACUCUCUUAUAUUAUGGACAAGACAGCAUCUGAUUGCUCCAUUCCUUUAGCACCACUAGUUGCUGAUGUUAUAUGUUGCCCCCAAGUUAAUAGCUUGAUGAAUAUUUUCCAAGCUGCAUAUGGUAGUGGAAAUGAUACGCUAGUUCUCAACCAGGCUUCAGCAAAUGCUUGCUUCUCUGACAUUAUGAGCAUACUUGCAAGCAAGGGGGCAAACACCAACAUCCCCGAGUUAUGUACUCUGAGGCCAUCAAAUCUUACUGAUGCUUCUUGUCCUGUGAAGGACAUUAGCUCAUUUGAGAAAAUAGUUAACAUCAGUAAACUCCUAGAUGCAUGCAGUAGUGUUGACCCACUGAAAGAGUGUUGUAGGCCAGUUUGCCAACCUGCAAUAGCGGAAGCAGCUAUUCACAUUUCCUCAGGUGGGGCAAACAUGUUUGGAAGUUCUACCAUACCUGUGAGUGCUGCUGGAAUUGAUGUUGUUAGUGACUGUAAAGGGGUAGUUCACUCCUGGUUAUCUAUGAAGCUUUCAUCAGAAGAUGCGAACGGUGCUUUCAGAGUAUUAUCUGGUUGCAAGGUGAACAAAGUUUGUCCACUGGAGUUUGACGAACCUUCUUCAGUCGUUAAGGCAUGUGGCAAGGCAUCUUCUUCAACGCCCUCAUGCUGCGCAGCAUUGCACUCUUACAUUGGAACUAGACAGAAGCAAAUAUUUGUCACAAAUUUGCAAGCAAUUAAUUGUGCAACAAUGUUUGGGUCAAUGCUACAGAAAGCUGGUGUAGUGGAUGAUAUUUAUGGGCUUUGUGAUAUUGACCUAAAAGAUUUCAGCCUGCAAGCUUUUGGACAACAAGGCUGUCUGCUUCGGAGCUUACCUACAGAUAUUGUAUUUGACAACACAACUGGCAUUAGCUUUACAUGCGAUUUGAGUGACAACAUUGCAGCACCAUGGCCCUCAUCUUCUAUCCAAUCCUUGUCACUUUGUGCUCCAGAAAUGUCGUUGCCUGCAUUGCCUGUCUCACCAAAGUCCGGAACCUCAGUAGGUACCUCCAGAACCGGGAUCAGUGUUUUGCUGCAUCUCAUAUUCCUCACCACGACCAUCUCCAUCUAAGAAAUGCUUCAUCUAGUGAGCCAGGAGCUUCUUACCCCGUCGUAUUUCCCCCCUCUGUGCAGGCCCGCAUGUAAAUUGGAUUGCAUUUCAUUCUUGUAAAUGAGCCUUCAUCCCCUCUAUCCCUUUUUGGUCCAGUGGAUAGAAUUAUUAUGUGUUAGAGAGGACUGCUGUACCAUUUUGAGUCUGAACUCUGGUAGAAACUAGAGCUAGGUCUGGACGUGAGCUUAACCGACGAUAUCGAUUGAAUGGUGAGUAACAGUCAGACCUACUUCAUCCA